CGCCCUUCCAAUUCCACCUCUGACAAAUUCUCCAUUUAUAAGGCAACGAUUGUGACAAGUCAAGUUAGUAACAUUUCAGGCGAGUAACAUAACAGAAGUAUAUCAGACUACACAAGAUCUUCGAAUCCACAAUCUGUCACAAUGGCGUGUGAUUUGUUUGGAGGUCUUCUGCUUAUUGUUGCUCUGCUGCAAAGCGCCGUCGGACUCUAUGUACAACCCAAAGAAGUUUGUCUGUUGCAAGUUGAAGAAGGAACGUGCAAUGAUGACAUCCAUCGCUAUUACUACAAUACAAUCACCCAACAGUGUGAAGAAUUCAGCUAUAGCGGUUGUGGAGGAAACGCGAACAACUUCAAGUCCUUUUUGGAAUGUCAGAAAUCAUGCUUCAGGAUACCAAAAAUCCCCCAGAUCUGUCGUUUUCCGAAGAAAGAGGGGCUCUGUCGAGGCCUCUUCAAGCGUUAUUUCUUCAAUAUGACCUCCAUGCUGUGUGAACCUUUCACUUAUGGUGGCUGCCAAGGCAAUGAAAACAACUUUCAAAACUUUCAGGAAUGUAUGGAAUAUUGCAGACCUCCUAAAACAAUCCCUGUGAUUUGCCUUGAUAUUAUGGAUAAAGGAAAGUGCUUAGCUUCCAUACCAAGGUAUUACUACAACUCUGCUACAAAAACAUGCGAGGAGUUCAUUUACACGGGAUGCGGAGGAAGCAGCAAUAACUUCAUCUCCAAAGAAAGCUGCAUUGAUGUUUGUGGUAAAAAUGGUUUGUUUCAUCGCUUUGGGGAGCAAACGCUGGAGGAAAAAAUCAGUAAAAGCUUCUAAAAAGUACUUAAAACGAACAAAGGCUCAGCCACCAAAGGAGAAGUCAGCCAAAUAAUUGUUCAUGAAGUCAUUCUCACUGUUUUACUGACAAAAAUGAUUGCACUGAUUUUACAGUAAUGGAUACACAUCCCACUCUGUGUAUAUAUGGUAUUGUUUUAAAAAUGCUUGUUUAUUGAAAGUUUGUUUAUUAUUCUCAUGUAUUUUUUAUACCUGUGUGCAUUUUUAUUUUCAGUAAAACAAGGAUUUACCAUUUUUAAUUAUUUGUAUUGUUAAAUACAAUAAGUCUAACACUGUUUAAGUGAUAAAGCAUAAUGUUUAACUGAUGAUUAUUUGCCAACAUUAUUUAAUAUGCUAAAGCUUUAAUCUGUUCCUCUCUUCAGCAAGAACAUAUAUAAUUGGCAGCAGGUAUCAUCUAAGUCUAGGCGUAGUAACAUGAUAGUCAUUACAGAAAGCUAGUGACACUUAACCUGACAAGGGCAAGAAUGAAAAAUGAAAACAGUCACUGUCUGUUGCCUUAAAAAUGGCAGGUUUUUCUCUAAUUUACAUAUAUAUAUUUUAUAUCAAAUUUGAUUCAAAUCAUGUUGUGUCCCAUGCCUUUGUAACGGCACAUUAUAUCAAUCCUGAAUAAACAAGCAUUUAUGAGUCUUU